CCAAGCUCAUUGGCGGGAAAGUUCUCCUCUGGCGGGAAGAGAAGACUGGCGCCCGAGUGACGAAGGAUUUCCCGCCACGAGAGAGGAGAGGAGUUUCUGGAGGGAGGUUUGGUAGUAGGGAGAGGUUUGGCGGGAAAGUUCUCCUCUUCGCCAUAAAGAAGUACGAAGUGAAACAAAAAGGGCAAAAAAAAAACUCAGGGAAUCAUGGCGUCUUCAAGUCCUUUCGUUCGCCGCAACGGCAACCAGUUCGAGCUGAACGGUGAGCGGUACUUAGUCCAUGGCUGGAACACGUACUGGCUGAUGACGAAAGCCAAGGGGCAGCUGCAGGAGGUGGAGCAGGUCAUGGCAGAUGGAAAGAGUAUGGGGCUCAAUGUUUGCCGGACAUGGGGUUUUUUUGACGGACCGAAUGGACUGCAGAAAUCUCCAGGGGUUUUUGACGAGACAAUGUUUCAGGGUCUGGAUCUGGCCGUGGCGACAGCCAAGAAGUAUGGCAUCAAGUUGAUUCCGGCCCUUUGCAACAACUGGGGCUCUUAUGGAGGGAAGGAGCAGUAUGUGUCGUGGAGCACGGGUUCAAAACAGCCUGGUGACGCCUUUUAUACUGACGCCAAAUGCAAAGAGUAUUACAAGAAUUACGUCAAGGCAUGGGUUCAAGAGAUGGCCAAGUAUGUGAAGAGCCUGGACCCCAACCACAUGGUUGGAACGGGAUCGGAAGGCUUCUACGGGCCUGGGGAGGGCUCAAAUGCAUGCAAUCCGGCAGAUUGGGCCGCAACCCAAGGCACAGAUUUUGUUCGAGACCACAAAAUCGCGGAAAUUGAUUUCACAUCGGCACAUUUAUACCCUGACCAUUGGUUGGCUCACAAUUUGCCACUGGUCGACAUUAUGAAGUGGAUGACGAAAUGGAUAAGCAGGCAUAUCGACGACAGCAAUGCGAUGGGCAAACCGCUGCUCAUUGCAGAGUUCAAUCUGAGGAAGGAACCGGACAGCUCCCCCCUCAUCAUGUCGAAUCGCGCCGCGUUCUUGGGUCUCACCUACGACUGGCUAUUUGCAUCCGUGCAAAAUAAAGGGGCGGGUGCGGGGGCACUUUUCUGGCAUUUGCUAACCCCGGGGACCCGAGGCAAUGCAGACGGAUUUGCAGUUUUCAAAGAUCAGGACCCUGAGGUGAUUGAAGUCAUUACCUCUCACUCAAAACGUCUGGAUGCUCUCAGAAAGGUUCUGAAGUCUCCAGCACCAGCAGCAGGGGGAAAGACUGCAACAGCAUGAUGGAAUGGUCGCGCUUCACAUCCUCACACGGCCGAGAUUGAUGGGUAGAUGGAUGGGAUGGAUGGGAUGGAUGGAUGAGAUGGAUGGAUGGAUGGAUGGAUGGAUGGGUUGGUUGAUUGGUUGGGUUGAGUGGUUGAGUGCUUGAUGGCAUGAUGGAACAGCCGAUUGACAUCCUCAAAAGGUGGAGAUGGAUGGAUGGAUGGAUGGAUGGAUGGAUGGGUUGGUUGUUUGGUUGAUUGGUUGAUUGGUUGAGGGAGAAUCAGGGAUCAAAAUUGGGUUGAGGGAGAAUCAGGGAUCUGUGCAGUUGAGGGAGAAUCAGGGAUCUGUGCGAAGUGUUGCAGUAGAGAGAGGAGGGUUUGCAGCUGGGGGUAGAAAUAAAAUGGGCUUCGGGUGUUGUCUGUCAUUGGUUUCACUUGAUGGGACUGAAGCUGUGUUUUCACCCUUGUGCGGUAUCCAGAACACAGUUUGGUCCCCGGACGAUGAAACGGGAACGGAGUACCACAAUUUCAUCCAAGGACGGCGACACGGGAUCUUCUUUUGUCUUUUUUUGCUGAGAAAAGUAGGUGAAAUGCAGGGCUGCUGCUGCUUCUAUUUUUGGCUCAGUGGCGCAGCUGGUGUUGGUUGGUGAAGCAGUCUUUGAAAUGUAGGCUUUUUUUUCUUUUUUUUUUUCCUCCUUUUUGGAGAAAUGUAGAAUUUUAGGUCCGGCAGUUAGUCGGUUUUUUGGGGGGAAAAAAGGGUCCAGCAGGUAUAGCCGUUUUGGCAGAUAUCAAUGGGCAAUGGGUUCUGCAAUGGGUUAACAGUGCAAGGGUAAAGCCGCAGAGUUGGACCAAAUUUUGCUCUUUCGUAUUGAUGUAUGAAUGACACAGAUUGUGCCUCGCUCCAGUACUCACCAACUGUGCAAAAUGAGAAUGAACCUUCCGCUAGAAAAUGGCAAGAUACCCCGCCGCUUUUUUUGUAUUUUGUGCAUGUGGAGAGUAGGGGAGCAACAGACAUUGUCUAGGAGACUUAGGCUCUAGGUUUUGUGCAGAUGGCAAAGUUUCGCAGUAGACUGCUGAUGCAGAUUCGAUGCUCUGCGGGAUUGGUAUGUUUGUUGUGAUGUGGAGCAGUGUGAGAAAGGUCAUGCCGCUCAUGUGUCAUGUGAGCAGUGUGAGGCAUCACUGUCUCUUGGAUCGCGCUUGUGAAUCUGAUGAUAUUGCAUCUUCUUGGUGACAAUUUGUCGGCUGUAACUACUGCGAACACAGUGAUUGGUGUACUACACGAUGGUUGCCAUCGUGGUGGUCCCCGGGGUUAGCAAAUGCCAGAAAAGUGCACCUGCACUUUUCCAGCCCUUCCUUGUGUCGUGAAUGAAUGCUCGGACAUGUGAAGCAAAUCUGAGCACCGAGGAGAUGCAUGCUUCACUCCUCCCAAGUAAGGGGGCCGGUUUCCUUGGCUUGGCUUUUUUUAUGUGAAGCUGUUUGAGAUGCAUGCAUCACUCCUAGUAAGGAGACCGGUUUAAAAUUAUUGGGGGAAAAAAAAAAAAAGCAAGAGAAGAUGUUUGACAAAGAUGUGGGUUUUAAAACUUCGUAUCAACAUUGUAGGCUUUUCAAGGAUCUGGUUUCCAGACGUGAGCCGGCGUCGAGUCGGCAUUGUGUUUGCUCGUUUGUUUGUUUGUUUGUUUGUUUGUUUGUUUGUUUGUUUGUUUUUGGUAUAUCACUUUUCUGAUUUUGGCAUUGAAUUGCAAUGGGAAUUGGGGCAUCGCUACACCAAUCUCGAAAUGUGCAAAAUGAGAAUGAACUUUGCGUUAGAAC